GCACUGUCAAGUCCUGUCAAACAGGCGGUAGGGCAUUGAGAGUAGUGGAUUGAAAUUCGAAAUUAGGCUCCGACACACUGUUGUGGCGUUUUGAAAGCUGUAAUAUUUUCAUUGCUCCAUGCAGUUAUAGAAGGGCUGUCCUCACGAAAAAUGUCAGGGUACAGAUACAGAGGGUACAGAGGUUAUGGAGGUUAUGGAGGCUACGGAAGUUAUGGAGGUUAUGGAGGUUACGGAGGUUAUGGAGCUUAUGGAUAUGCUAUAGGACUGAAGCAGACAGACAUUGAUCAAAUCUGGGAUGAUUUUAAACAUGGCAUGGAACAAGUUUAUAGUCGCCAGCCAAUGCCAAAACCUCGCUAUAUGCAAUUAUACACUUAUGUUUACAACUACUGUACAAGUGUUCAGCAAAAAGUGAACCGCCCAAUAAACAAAUCAAAGAAGGGACCACAUGGUGGGGCUCAGUUGGUGGGUUUUGAACUGUAUAAAAGAGUGAAAGACUUUCUGAGGGAUUAUGUUAUAACACUGUUCCAGGAGGGGGCGGAUCUUAUGGAUGAAGACAUCCUCCUGUUCUACACAAAGCAAUGGGAAGACUUCCGGUUCAGUUCCAAAGUUCUAAAUGGAAUAUGUGCAUACUUGAACAGACAUUGGGUCCGAAGAGAACGUGAUGAAGGGAAGAAGACUGUAUAUGAUGUGUAUCAGCUGGCAUUAGUUACAUGGCGAGAUAAUUUGUUUAAACAGUUGAACAAACAGGUGACAAAUGCUGUUUUGAAAUUAAUUGAAAGGGAACGUAAUGGAGAAACAAUAAACACAAGAUUAGUAAGUGGAGUUAUCAACUGUUAUGUUGAAUUGGGUUCAAAUGAAGAGGAUCCAGAAGGUAAAGGAAAGAACUUGAUUCUCUACAAGGAGGCAUUUGAAGAUGUAUUUCUGGCUGAUACAGAAAGAUACUAUACCCGAGAAAGCACAGAAUUUCUUCGGUACAGUUCAGUUCCUGAAUAUAUGAAGAGGGUUGAGCUGAGACUAUUUGAAGAACAAAGACGAGUGCACAUAUACCUUCAUCCAACAACAUUGGAUAUUCUUUGUGACACAUGCGAGAGGGUAUUAAUUGAAAAACAAUUAGAAAUGUUUCAUGUAGAGUUCCAGAGGCUGCUCUAUUUUUAUAAAACCGAAGAUCUUGGAAGAAUGUACCAGUUGGUAUCUCACAUUUUAUUUGGUCUACAAGACUUACGGAGCCUGUUUGACAUCCAUGUUACAAACAUGGGCCUUGCUGCCAUAGAUCAAGUUGGUGAAGCUGCUCUGAAUGAUCCAAAAAUUUAUGUGGAGAUUAUACUGGAAGUGUAUAAGAAAUACAAUUAUUUGGUUUUGACAUCUUUUAAGAAUGAUGCGGGAUUUGCUGCUGCUCUUGACAAAGCUUGUGGAAAAUUUAUCAAUGGAAAUUCAGUGACAAAACUGGCAAAUAGUUCAUCCAAGUCACCAGAACUACUUGCAAAAUUUUGUGAUUUAGUGCUGAAAAAAAGCAGCAGAAUUCCUGAAGAAGCAGAACUCGAGGAUACACUCAAUCAAGUUAUGAUUGUCUUCAAGUACAUAGAAGACAAAGAUGUUUUUCAAAAAUUUUAUAGCAAAAUGCUGGCAAAGCGUCUGGUGCACCAUAUGUCUGCAAGUGACGAUGCGGAGGCAUCAAUGAUCUCUAAAUUAAAACAAACAUGUGGUUUUGAGUACACAUCAAAGCUGCAAAGGAUGUUCCAGGACAUAGGUGUUUCCAAAGACUUAAACGAGAUGUUCAAAACACAUCUGAUUAAUUCACAUGAACCAUUGGACAUAGAUUUCAAUAUCCAAGUACUUUCAUCUGGUUCUUGGCCAUUUCAGCAGCCAUGUGACUUUACAGUGCCCUCUGAACUGGAACGUAGUUUACAACGUUUUGCAAUGUUCUAUGGCACCCAGCACAAUGGUAGGAAGCUGCAUUGGUUGCAUAACUUGUCAAAGGGAGAACUGGUUACAAACUGCUUCAAAAACAGGUAUACAUUACAGGCAUCAACCUUCCAGAUGGCAGUAUUAUUGCAGUAUAAUUUGAGUGAGGUCUGGACAGUGCAACAGCUUCAGGAAUCAACUCAAAUUAGUCUUGAUGUACUAGUACAGGUCAUUCAAGUUCUCAUGAAAACAAAGCUACUUCAGUCUGAAGAUGAUGAAAGUGAUUUGCAACCUACUUCUGUUGUAGCAUUAUGUUCAAGCUACAAAAAUAAGAAGCUCAGGGUGAAUAUCAACAUACCAUUGAAAUCAGAAUUGAGACAUGAUCAAGAGGCAACACAGAAGACUAUCGAAGAAGAUCGCAAAAUAUUAAUACAGGCAGCCAUAGUGAGAAUACUGAAAAUGAGAAAAACACUGAAGCACCAGCAACUUGUUGCUGAAGUAUUAGAGCAGUUGGCAUCAAGAUUUAAGCCCAGAGUUCAUGUUAUCAAAAAAUGUAUUGAUAUCCUAAUUGAGAAGGAAUAUUUGGAACGAGCAGAGAACCAAAGAGAUACCUACAGUUACCUCGCUUGAAUACUACAUGGCAGAUGGUGACCAAAUGGUGGUCAAAUGUUUCUGCAGUAUGAGGAUAAUGUUACAUACCAUAUAUAAUCAUGUGCAUUUGAUAUAUGUAAAAUUGUGCAUGAUGUACGUUUUGUUAAUUUUUUAU